AUGAAGGUCUCAGGCUACUUUCUUAUCUUCACCCUUCUAUUCUCUUCUUUCUCAUCCUUUUCUUUGGCCUUAAGUAAUGCUGAGGCAUCCUAUAUUGCUCAUCGGCAACUUACGAAUCUUUCUCAGAACAAUGAUCUUUCCGAUGGGGUCGGAUACGACAUUGACCCUAAACUGAAUUUUGCAAAUCCAAGGCUCAAGAAAGCCUAUAUUGCUCUACAAGCAUGGAAAAAAGCAAUUUCUUCAGACCCGCAUAACCUAACUGGCAAUUGGGUUGGUGAGAAUGUGUGUGCCUACAAUGGUAUAGUCUGCAAACUAGCAAUAGAUGAUCCCAAAUUGACUGUUGUUUCGGGUAUUUAUCUUAGUCAUGGUGACAUAGCUGGAUACCUUCCACUUGAGCUCGGCCUUUUGACAGAUCUCACUACAUUCACAAUCAAUUCUAAUCGUUUUUGUGGAAUCAUCCCGAAUAGUUUCUCAAAACUUCAACAUUUGGAAGAGCUUGAUCUGAGCAAUAACCAGUUCAACGGUUCAUUCCCAGCUGUACUUUUGGAGUUGAAUUCCCUUGUACACAUUGACAUCAGAUACAAUAAUUUCGAAGGGUUAAUUCCAACAAAACUCUUUGACAAGAAAUAUGAUGUCUUGCUCUUGACUAACAAUAGCUUCACAACUGCAAUCCCUAGUCUCUGUGAAUGGAAGUGUGGAAAAGCAUCGUCACCUCCGACACCAUCAAAGAGUUAUACACCACCCCCCACAUCCAACCCACCAACAUCAACUCCGCCAACCCCUUCAUCCCAAUCACUACCUCCCCCGACAUCAAACCCACCAACAUCAACUCCACCAACACCUACCACCCAAUCAUCACCUCCUCCGACACCAUCAACAAGUUACACUCCACCACCAACAUUCAAGCCACCAACAUCAACUCCACCAUCCCCUACAUCAAAAACAUCACCUCCUUCGACACCAUCAACAUCAACUCCACCAACCCCUACUUCCGAACCAUCACGUCCUCCGAUUCCAUCAAAUAGUUAUAAUCCACCCCCUACAUCAACUCCGCCAACCCCAACAUCCCAAGCAUCACCUCCUCCUACACCAUCAUCAUCAACUCCACCGACCCUAAGAUCCACAGCAACACCUCCUCCGACACCAUCAAUGAGCAAUACUCCACCUCCCACAUCCAAGCCACCAACAUCAACUCCACCAACGCCUACCUCACAAUCAUCACCUCCUCCGACACCAUCAACAUCAACUCCACCGACCCCUACAUUCCAAACAUCACCUCCUCCGACACCAUCAAAGAGUUAUACUCCACCACACACAUCUAAACCCCCAACAUCAACUCCGCCAACCCCUACAACCAAAACAUCACCUCCUCCAACACCAUCAACAAGUUAUAACCCACCUCCCAUAUCUAAGCCACCAACAUCAACUCCACCAACCCCUACAUCCGAAGAAUCACUUCCUCCGGCACCGUCAACAUCUAUUCCACCAAACCCAACAUCCCAAGCAUCACCUCCUCCAACUCAAUCAACAAGUUACACUCCACCACCAACAUCCAAGCCACCAACUUCAACUCCACCAUCCCCUACAUCAAAAGCAACACCUCCUCCGACACCAUCAACAUCAACUCCACCAACCCCUACUUCUGAAGCAUCACCUCCGCCAACACCAUCAAAUAGUUAUAAUCCACCUCCCACAUCAACUCCACCAACCCCUACAUCCCAAACAUUACCUCCACCAACACCAUCAUCAUCAACUCCACCAACCCCAAGAUCCCAAGCGUCACCUCCUCCGGCACCAUCAUCAUUAACUCCACCAACCCCAUUAUCCCAAGCAUCACCUCCUCCGACACCAUCAACGAGUUAUAAUCCACCUCCCACAUCCAAGCCACCAUCAUCAACUCCACCAACUCCUUCAUCCCAAGCCUCACCUCCUCCACCUUCCAAUUCAACACCACCAAGCCCUUCAACCAAAGUAUCACCUCCACCAAAAGAAGAAACAAUUUAUAUUCCACCUCCCACUUCCAAGCCACCAACUUCAACUCCGCUAAGUCCUUCACAACAAGCAUCACCUCCUCCUCAAGAAUAUCACACUUAUUCUCCACCUCCCACAUCCAAGCCUCCAACAUCAACUCCGCCGACCCGUUCAACCCAAAAAUCACCACCUCCAACACCAUCAACAAGUUAUAAUCCACCUCCCACGUCAAUUCCGCCAACCCCUUCAUCCCAAGCUUCACCUCCUCUAGCACCAUCAACGAGUUAUACUCCACCUCGCACAUCAAAACCACCAACAUCAACUCCACCAACCCCUUCAUCCCAAGCAUCACCUCCUCCGACACCAUCAAUGAGUUACACUCCACCUCCCACAUCAAAGCCACCAACAUCAACUCCGCCAACCCCUUCAUUCCAAACAUCAUAUCCUCCAACACCAUCAACAGGUUAUAUUCCACCUCCCACAUCAAAACCACCAACAUCAACUUCACCAACCCCAUCAACACAAGCAUCACCUCCUCCAACACCAUCAAAGACUUAUACUUAUACUCCUUCUCCCACUUCUAAUCCACCAAGUCACACACUAGUUUCGAGUCCUCCUAAACCUAGCAAAGUAUCUCCAGGCCCAACUCCAACUCAAACACUAGUUUCGGCUCCACCUAAACCUGGAAAAACAUCUCCAGGCCCAUCUCCAAUUCGAACGCCAGUUUCAGCUCCUCCUAAACCUAGCAAAGCAUCUCCAGGACCAUCUCCAACUCAAACGCUAGAUUCGGCUCCACCUAAACCUGGAAAAACAUCUCCAAGCCCUUCUCCAAUGCGAACGCCAAUUUCGGCUCCUCCUAAACCUAGCAAAGCAACUCCAAGACCAUCUCCAACUCAAACGCCAGUUUCGGCUCCACCUAAAUCUAUCAAAGAAUCUCCAGGAACAUCUCCGACUCGAAUGCUAGUCUCGGCUCCACCCAAACCUAUCAAAGCUUCUCCAGGCCCUGCUCCGGCACGAACACCAAUUCAAGCCCCUCAGAAACCUCCUAAGGCAUCUCCAUUAGCAACUCCAACUUUAACACCAGUUUCUACUCCUCCUAAACGAUCUCCAGCCUCGACUCCAACUAUAAAACUAAGUUUCCCACCUCAGAAACCUCCUAAGCCAUCUCCAGUCCCGGCUCCGACUCAUACACCAAUUUCAACUCCCCCUAAAUCGUCUCUAGUCCCGACUCCAACUCAAACACCAAUUUCUACUCCUCAGAAACCUCCUAAGUCAUCUCCAGUUCCGGCUCCGACUCAAACACCAGUUUCACCUCCUCCAAAACCAUCUCCAAUCCCAUCUCCAGUUCGAACACCAAUUUAUCCACCUCAAAAACCUCCUAAGCCAUCUCCUGUUCCAGCUCCAGUUCAAGCACCGGUUUCUCCUCCGCAAAAACCUUCUAAGCUAUCUCCAACCCCAGCUCCAGUUUUGACACCAACUUCUGCUCCACCUAAACCAAUUAAGCCAUCUCCAGCCACAACUCCAGUUUUGACACCAGUUUCAGCUCCUCCUAAACCCACUAAGCAAUCUCCAGCCCCAACUCCAGUUUUGACACAAGUUUUGGCUCCUCCUAAUCCCACUAAGCCAUCUCUAGUCCCAACUCCAAGUUCCACACCAAUUUCAGCUCCUCCUAAGCCAUAUCCUGGCCCACCACCGGCACAAUCGCAUCAACCACCACCACCUUCUACACCAGUUUCAACUCCUUCUAAACCAUCUUCUGUCCCACCUUCACCAUCGCCAAAACACGAGGACUUUAUUCUCCCACCAAACAUGGGCUCGCAAUACUCUUCCCCACCUCCGCCAAUGUUCCAAGGCUAUUAA